AGAACAAUAUCUGUCCAUACAUUGAACUUCUAUGAGGUGAUUAAAUGGCCCAUAAAUAAUUACCAAAAGAAACUCUCAUCUUCCAGAAUCGCACCGCAGAAAAUUACCACCAACAGCCUCGCCAUGCCCCCGAGAAACCCUAGACGCCCAAUUUCCCUCUCCUUCUUCCAAACCCCAUUCGCAGAAUGCUCGGAAACAUCUCCUCCGCCGCCGAUUCAACUCCUCCCCCUCCCCCUUACGUAUACAACAUCGGCGGCCUCAGCACCCCUGUCGCACUCGGCCUCAUCGCCGUCCUCGUCGUCUUCCUCAUCACCGUCUUCCUCACCUUAUUCUUCUGCUACCACUUAACUCUCAUUCCCCAUUACCAAAACCCUAACCCUAGCCCCGAUCAAACCCUCGGCGCAGCUCCUGCCCGUGUAAUCUUCGUCAUGGAGGGGGAGUAUCAGGCUGGCCGCGGUGUUCCUGGUCUUGACGAGGCGGUUAUAAGUUCAUAUCCCGAGUUUUCGUUCUCCGUCAAUGGCGGCGAGGAAGGUUUAUGCUCGAUUUGCUUGAAUGAAUAUAAGGAGGGGCAGAUGCUGAAAAGAAUGCCCGAAUGCCGGCACUGCUUUCACAUCGGGUGUAUUGAUAGCUGGCUCCGACGUCAUGGGACUUGCCCGAUAUGCAGAUCGACCCCGGCCCCGCCGGGGCUUUUGGCGACUCCGAUGACGGACCUCUCGCCGCUCUCGCAGGAUGCCGGCGAACGCCUUCGAGGGUGAGAUUCUGAGAAAAAUAUU